UGGUGCUCGCUGCCAGCAGCCCAUACUUUGCCGCUCUAUUCUCCAGAGGCAUGAGCGAGGCAGAUAAAGAAGAGGUGGAGAUUCUGGGAGUAGAUACUAAAGUCUUUGAGGUUUUGCUGGACUUUGUUUAUACAGGCACAAUCAAUGUGACAAUAGAGAAUGUUCAAGAACUCAUGGUGGCAGCGGAUAUGCUGCAGUUGAAUGAGGUGGUCUCCAUCUGCGGGGAGUUUCUCAAGCGCCACGUGGAUCCAUCCAAUUGUGUGGGCAUCUUUCAAUUCCUGGAGCAGAUUGCUUGCAUGGAAUUGUUGGAGUUUUCUGAGAACUACAUCCAUGUUCACUUUCUAGAGGUUUGCAUCGGUGACGAGUUCAGCGGCCUCUCAAAGGAUCAGAUUGUAAAGCUUCUAAGAAGUGAAGAGUUGAGAAUUGAGGAUGAGUACCAGGUGUUCACUGCAGCCAUGGACUGGGUUCUCCAAGAUGUGGCAAAGAGAAAAAAAUAUGUGGUUGAGGUGUUGGAACCUGUGCGCUUCCCUUUACUGUCCCCACAGAGGCUGUUCAAGUACAUAGAGGGCAUGACUGACUUCAGUCUGAGGGUGGCACUGCAGACCCUUUUGAAGGAGUACAUUGAGGUCACGAAGUCUCCAAAAGAUAAGAUGCACUGCCAACUACAUCAAGUCAAGAUGAGACCAAGAAGAAAAGCCAGGAAAUACGUGUAUGCCAUCGGAGGCUACACACGGUUACAGGGUGGUCGGUGGAGUGACAGCAGGGCGUUAAGUUGUGUGGAGCGCUUUGACACCUUCAGCCAAUACUGGACCACGGUUUCAUCUCUGCAUCAGGCUCGCAGCGGGUUGGGGGUAGCAGUACUAGAGGGCAUGAUUUAUGUAGUGGGAGGAGAGAAAGAUUCAAUGAUUUUUGACUGCACAGAGAGAUACGACCCCGUGACUAAACAGUGGGCUGCCGUGGCUUCUCUGAAUUUCCCUCGCUGUGGAGUUGGCGUCUGCCCCUGCCACGGAGCGCUGUAUGCGCUUGGUGGAUGGAUUGGCUCCGAGAUCGGCAGUUCAAUGGAACGUUACGACCCAGAGGAAAACAAGUGGGAGGUCAUAGGCAACAUGGCAGUUCCUCGCUAUUAUUUUGGUUGCUGCGAGCUCCAAGGUUUUAUUUACGUGAUUGGAGGAAUCAGCGACGAAGGCACAGAGCUACGCUCAGCAGAAGUAUAUGAUCCAAUCAGCCGUCGCUGGAGCGCCUUGCCUGUUAUGCUUACACGGCGAGCGUAUGUGGGAGUGGCCUGCCUCAACAACUGUAUUUACGCAGUAGGGGGUCGGAAUGAGGCUGUGGGUGCUUUGGAGACGGUGGAAAAAUAUUGUCCAGAGCAGGAGAAGUGGUUGGAAGUGGCCUCGAUGUCCACAGCACGGGCAGGAGCAUCAGUGUCAGCAGUAAACGGGUUGUUGUAUGCCGUCGGUGGAAGGGCCGCCAGCAGAACCUUCUCAGCCCCCGUGACCAUCGACUCUGUGGAGGUCUAUGACCCCCACUUGGACACCUGGACCGAAGUUGGCAACAUGAUCGCCAGUCGCUGUGAUGGCGGCUUGGCUGUACUGUGACCACCUGGACGAUUCCACUUAAGAUUACACUUGUUUCACAUCGCUGCACAUUACUUAUUCGUACAUGUAAUUGUUAUGUCUUUAAAUUACAGUUGAUGUGAUGGAAAAGUGCCCCGACUGUUUCUGACAAAAUCGUCUGUCUCUAUUCUUUCUAUGUCCCCUCAUUUGUUUUAAAUUAUACAACUGACCACAAAUUUGAUCUUUUCUUUUGUUUGUAUAAAAACAAUCUUUAUCUCGUUCUCUUUUCCAUUCAUCAUUGUGAAAGUAGGUUUUUUUUUGGCUCAUGCUUAUGAGGACUGUUUUGUGAUCAGAUCUGAAACCACUUUUUGUUUCUUUCUUUCACUCUCCUCAAAAAUGUUGACAAUGUGUGCGGUGCUACUUGUAAAUCUUAUCAAAACACUUGAGCCUAUUUAUCAAUGUAAGAAAAGAACAUUCAGAAAUGCUUCUAAACUGAAACGGUUGCAAAGCCUGUGCUGUUACUACUGGAUUCUUUUCAUAUUGAUGGAUAAAAAUAAUGUUUGCAGACAUGCCAUAUUAUCCCCCCCAAUGUUUUUAACCUUAGGUUAAACUUGCUGAGCUGAACACCUGAAAGGUUGCAAUGUUUCCUUCCACUUUGACUAUCCCUUAUACAAAUACAGCAUUGCUG